GUUUGACAUCAUGCUCACAACGUCGCCAGCCCAUCAUCUCUGUGGAAACUGAUUGAUUGACUGCAUCAAUACCAUUCAAAGGCAUGGAAUCUUUCACGGCCAAUGGUGAGAAAUUUACAAUUAACAUAUCUGUCAUUGACCUCGAAUAUUAUUUUGACAAGGAGUAUAGUAACUACACCGAUACCAGUGACACGUGCUGUUCUACUGGGGAGGUGUGCAGCUUGGAGGAGGGUAUGAGAUUUGAUGCUGUGUUCCUGCCCGUGUUCUACUCCCUGACACUGGUUCUGGGGCUGCUGGGUAACGGGUUGGUCCUGUUGGUUCUGGUCCAGAGGAGGCGUGGCUGGAGCGUGACGGACACCUUCAUCCUGCACCUCUGUGUGGCUGACAUCCUGCUGCUCCUCACACUGCCCUUCUGGGCUGCUCAGGCCGCUGGGGAAUGGAGCUUCGGGACCCCCCUCUGCAAGAUCACUGGAGCCAUAUUCACAAUCAACUUUUACUGUGGCAUCUUCCUGCUGGCCUGCAUCAGUCUGGACCGCUACCUGUCCGUGGUCCACGCGGUCCAGAUGUACUCUCGCAGGAAGCCCUGGAUGGUGCAGGCCAGCUGCCUGUCCGUGUGGCUCCUCUCCCUCCUCCUCUCCAUCCCCGACUGGCACUUCCUGGAGUCUGUGAGGGACACCAGACGAGACAAASWGGAGUGUGUYCACAACUACCCGUCYCUCUCCCAGUCUKGGUUUGACUGGCGCCUGGCCUCCCGCCUGCUCUACCACACGGUGGGCUUCCUCCUCCCCUCUGCCGUGCUACUCUUCUGCUACUCCUGCAUCCUGCUGCAGCUGCAGCGUGGCUCCCAGGGCCUCCAGAAGCAGAGGGCCAUCCGGGUCAUCCUGGUGUUGGUGCUGGUCUUCUUCCUCUGCUGGACGCCCUACAACAUCACCCUCAUGGUGGACACCCUCUACUCCAACAACACCUGCGAGAGCCAUAAAGCCCUGGACAUCUCCCUGACGGCCACCUCCUCUCUGGGCUACCUGCACUGCAGCCUCAACCCUGUGCUCUACGCCUUCGUGGGGGUGAAGUUCCGGCGCCACCUGCUGGACAUGCUGAGGUCCCUGGGCUGCAAGCUGAAGAGUGGAGUCAGGCUGCAGACUGCCAGCCGGAGGAGCUCCAUGUGGUCUGAGUCUGGAGACACCUCCCACACCUCUGCCAUCUAUUAAGGACUUAUCUCUCUAUCCCAAGGUCUCCCAAACUAUGUCCUAAGGACCUCAAAUGGUGCAUGUUUUGUUUUUUACCCUAGCACUACACAUCUGAUACAAAUAAUUGGCUAAUCAUCAAGCUUUGAUAA